CGUGAUUGAAAAUUGUGGAUCCCAAUUCCCCAAUUAGUAUUCAAUUUCCAUGUUCGCUGUACAUCAAAGAUUUCAACUACCAGCCACCCCAGAAAAUUGAAAUCAGAAUAAAUGACCAAGAAGCUCCAAGUUUCUUUCAAUAAACAAUCACCGCGCCGACAUGUAUCGUCAGAAGUGAUCAUUUUUCUUGAUUCCCACCUUAUCUUUCCUCUGUAAUUCUGUGAGAUUGCGUUUUUCUUCAUCCGAUGGCAGUCAUGACUCAUUCUUCAAGCUUCUUAUUGCCACCGACGAUAACCGACGCCGUAAACGGCUCUUCUCCGACCACGUACGCACUUAUCAUCCUUAACCAACGUCUCCCCCGGUUUUCACCCUUACUCUGGCAACACGCAAAAAUUCGUCUUUGUGCUGAUGGUGGAGCUAACCGUUUAUUCGAUAACAUGCCCGAACUAUGCUCUGAUGAACACAACGUCCAAGAAAGGUACAAGCCGGAUGUAAUUAAAGGAGACAUGGAUUCUAUCCGACCAGAUGUUUUAAAUUUCUACAAAAAUCUGGGCACAAUGAUUGUCGAUAAUUCUGAUGAUCAGGACACCACGGAUUUACAUAAAUGCAUUGCAUAUGUACUUGAUAUUGUGUCUGAUGAUGAUAAGUCAAAUCUGUGCAUACUUGUUGCUGGUGCACUUGGUGGAAGGUUUGACCAUGAAAUGGGAAACAUUAACAGUUUGUGCCGUUUCUCAACAACACGUAUUGUUCUCUUGUCUGAUGACUGUCUUAUUCAACUUCUUCCAAGCAACCGGCAUCACCAGAUUCAUAUCCACUCUUCCGUGGAGGGCCCACAUUGUGGUCUUAUUCCCAUUGGCGCCCCUUCGGGAAGUUCUACAACCACAGGGCUUCAAUGGAAUCUUGAUAACACGGAAAUGAGAUUUGGGGGGUUAGUGAGCACAUCAAACAUUGUUAAAGGAGAGAUUGUAAGCGUGCGAUCUGAUUCUGAUCUUCUAUGGACGAUAACUAUUAAAAACCAGUCAUCAAAUUGAAGCCAAGCUCCAUCAUCAUCAUCAUCAUCUUCCUUCCUUCUUGCUAGCUAGGAAUAAAUCUUUUGUGAUAUUCUAAAUUUCUUUUUUGUGAUUACAACGAUUAGAAUUACUUAAAUUGUAC